AGAGGAAUCUCCGAUCUCCAUCUCUGAAUUAUUACAUCAAGAUUUGUUACUGAAUGAAAAGAAUCGAUAUGGUACUUUAAAUGUGUAUAAAUUAUCAUAAAUAUGAUUCUUCUUUGGAGAUUCUAUCCGGGGAGUUAUAUAAAAGCUCUAAAGUUUACUAGAUAUAUCCCCAUGUGUCACGUAUCAAAUCGUAUUACUUCUGUAAGAAAGUGUCCAAACGUGGUAAUAGUACCUGUUACAACAGCACCAUUCAUUGCUCAAAAAUCUAACAAUGAAAUCAAAGGUUUAACACAAAAUGUAAUUGGAAAUAAUAUUAAGGGUAACUUAUGGCAGCCGAGCCCAAAUACCGAGUUAAAACACAUGAAGAGUUAUAUUAAAAAAUUGUCGAAAUUUCGUUUGACGUCUCUUGUGGUUAUAACGGCGAUGAGUGGAUAUGCAAUGGCCCCGGCUCCUUUUGAGCUCUACACUUUUCUAUCAUGCUCUUUGGGUACGGGCUUGGUUUCUGCUGCCGCGAAUGCCAUUAAUCAAUAUCAUGAAGUACCGUUUGAUUCACAAAUGUCUAGAACUAAAAAUCGCGUUUUAGUAACUGGACAGGUAACAUCUCUCCAUUCAAUUGAAUUUGCGGUUAUAUCAGCAACGGCGGGGUUGAGUUUGCUAUAUUUUGGAGUAAAUGGGUUAACGGCUAUUCUAGGAGCUUCGAACCUUUUUUUAUAUACAUCUGUAUACACUCCUUUAAAAAGAAUAAGUAUUUUGAAUACAUGGAUUGGAUCGCUUGUGGGUGCUAUUCCUCCACUAAUGGGAUGGUCUGGUUGUACUGGAAACCUCGAUGUAUCAGCAUUUGUACUAGCAGGAGUACUCUUUGCCUGGCAAUUCCCUCACUUUAAUGCAUUGUCAUGGAAUCUCCGACCCGAUUAUUCGCGUGCUGGAUAUCGAAUGAUGUCUGUGACUAAUCCUGCACUAUGUCGACAAACAGCUUUAAGAUAUACUGCGUUAAUUGCAUUGUUAUCUGCAUCUGCGCCUGUUUUUAAUUUAACUUCAUAUUGGUUUGCCUUGGAAUCAUUUCCUUUAAACGCUUACUUCUGUUAUUUGGCGUACAAAUUUUAUAAAAAAUCGGAUAGUAAUACUUCGAGGAUGUUAUUUCGUUUUUCCCUUAUCCAUCUACCAUUAUUGAUGUUGCUAUUCUUAUUGAAUAAAAAACGAUGGCUUAUAACAGAAAAUAAAAGUUGUGUUCCUGAGUUGCAUAUGAGUGAAUUUGGAUGUGUAAAUUCUAUGAGUGGACAAUCGGCUAAAUCAAAACUAAUUAUGUAAAUCGAAAAGUAAAAAUAAUGUAAAUAUAGUAAUAAACAUUAAUGUGAUGUAAAUAAA